AUGGGUGCGCUGCACCUCGUCAGGAGUCACAUCGAACCUGGGGUGCUGGGCGCCGCCGCGAGCGUAUCAGUGAAGCUCAUCAUGAUCUGCUCUGUCGUCGCCUGGCUGCUGCGCACCGAGAGGAUCCCCGCCGACACCGCCACCACCCUGAGCAAGCUGGCGUACCACCUGCUCAUCCCCUGCCUCAUGUUUGUGCGGGUGUCUGGCACGCUCAGCACCAUCGAAUCCCCCAUGCUCCUGGUCAGCAUCGCCGGCGUGGCGACGCUGCAGGCGGCCCUGGGCGCCGCCUGCGGCCUCCUGCUGGGGCCCCUGGUGGACGGCGCCUACCCACGUGCCUGGGCGGUGGGCGGCUGGCAUCCGCUCCGCCCCUCCCGCCCCGCCCUGGAGAUCGCCGCCAGCCUGGCGGAUGCCGCGGGGUUGGAUCGCGCACGCGCCGACGCCCUGGCGGCCCAGCCCGCACCCGCGCCGCAAGGUUCCCGCCAGCUCCUGGUCCUCGCCUGCGCGUUUGGCAAUUCCUUCACCCUGCCCGCCAUCCUGCUGAGCACGCUCUUCUCCGGGGCGCGCGCGGACGCCUGCGUCGGCUACGCCGCGCUCUGCCUCCUGGUCCUGGACGGGCUGGUGUGGAGCGUGGGCCUGGGGGCGGUGCGCGCCGCGACUCCGGGCGUGCCCCGCCGCUCCCUGCCCGAGGCGCUGCGCGCCUCGCUCAACCCGCCCAUGCUGGGCAUGCUGGCCGGGGUCGCGGCGGGGCUGACCCCCCUGGGCCGCCGCCACCUGCUGGCCCUGGCCCGCGGCCUGCUGCGCUGCGCGCUGGAGGCCGCGGCCGCGCUAGCCGCGGGAGCCUUUGCGCUCAUGACCCUGGGCCCCGGCCCCGUGGUGGGCCUCGUGCGCCGCGCGGCGGCCCUGCUCCGGCCUGAGGACGCGCUGGAGGCACGGACGCUGGCCGCCGUCGGCCUGACCCGCUUCCUCGUCCUGCCCCUGGCCACGACCCUGGCCCUGCGCGCGGUGCCCCUGCCCGGGGUCGGCCCCCUGCCGCUCCUGGUCCUGCUCCUGCAGUCCACCAUGCCCCCCGCCCAGAACCUGGUCAUCCUGCUGCAGCUGUCGCGGGGCACGCGCCAGGACGCGCCGCGCUUCGCCCGCACCCUGCUCAAGCUGUACGCGCUGGGCACGCUGCCCGUCACCCUGUGGGUCACCACCUUUGUGGCCCAGGCAGGCCUGGCCCUGGGAUGA